UCCCUGUUUCCUACUCUUACAUUUUGGAUUUUCUUCCUGUUUGUGGACUUUUAAGGCACAAAGUUUCGUCUUAUUACGCUGAAGGUCUCGACGCGGCAAUGGCGUCUCGUGGAGCCUUCAGCGAUCGCUUCAUCAAAUAUUGGGUUAAGUUGAAAUAUAUCGGACUUGGAGAACCACCAGACCGUAACUAUGUUGGUGAACUCCUUUUUCAGUCCCAGUGGAUCACCUUACAGGACAUUUAUUCUUUCAUAAGUUUACCGAAUCGAAAAGAGUUUGAAAUUUGUUUCAACACAGAAAAAGCUUUACAUGUGUUCCUUGAGCUGCACUCUUCCAACCAACAUGCUUGGAAGGAUUUUGAAGUAUUUUCCCCUGCAAACCUGGAUGUUAAGACACUUGUUAUCAAGUUCUGGACUGGACGCAUUUCUGAUUAUGAUGUUGAACUGUACUUAAAACGAUUCUGUGAUGUCUUAAAGCCCGCAGUUAAACCUGUGGAUAAUUUUGGAAUGUGGUAUGGGAUUAGGAAAUAUCAAGUAAAACUCCGCAAAGAUGCUGAAGGCAAGAUGAUGCCCAUCCCAAAUUCUGUUUCCUUUGGCCCUUACAACGGCAAAAUUAGCUAUCAAGGUCAAGCCUCCUCAUGUUAUGUGUGCCAGUCUACAGGACACCAGGCUAAAGAAUGUCUAGAAACGAAAUGCUGGAAGUGUGGAGGAUUUGGCCAUAAGGCUAUGGAAUGUGGAAACACUGCCACCUGCACUUUGUGUGGAGACGUGGGGCACAUUUUCUUCACAUGCCCUAAAUCCUACGCCAAUAAAUCCAAGCAAAAGCCGAGUGUUCCAAGACAUGACAACUUACAGCGUGCGGAAACUGGUGCAGCAACAGAAUUGUCAGUGGAUGCUACAGUCCAGAUGCUGAGUGGUCAAGCUCAAGGUGCAGUUACAAUUUCUGCCAAGGAUGUAGAGAAAGGAAAAGAAGCUUCCAAACAUGCCCAAGGAAAAAAAUCUAAAGAGGAAGCAGCCCAAAUGGAGACUUCAGAAGCGGAUGACGAAUCAAGCCCGGAUGAGAGCUCGGACAGCGACUCGUCAAGUGACUCAUCAGAGAGUGGAGAUUUCAGUGAGUCUUCGGAGGAAGAAAAGAAGGAACCGUCACAAAAAGGAAAGAAAGCACCGGACGAGUACACAGAGGAUCAACAAAUGGAUAUUGAAAAGACAACUGAGAAGGAUCCAGAAGUUCUGAAAGUUGAAAAUGAGAAACGGAAGCUGAACUCCUCGACUGAGACUGAAGGUAAUGCUGUAAAGAAGAAGAAAAAAAUCAGAAAAAAAGUUGAGAACUGAUGUAUCAUGCAUGCCUUUUUAUAAUUUACUUGUUGCUUCUUGCAAUGUUCGUGGUAUUCAAUCUGCCUUAAAUAGAUCUAAAAACAUUAAUAUAUUGUUAAGAGAGAAAUUAGACAUAUUGUGUAUUCAGGAAACAAGGUUGUCUACUUUUAAAGAUGUUGCUGAAGUACAAAAGUUAUGGGUGAAGGGUAAGUCCUUUCUUUCAAUAGGUGACAGUAGAGCAGAUGGAAUAGGAAUCCUUUUCUUUUCUGAAAAUGUUGCCGUUAUCCAAUUAAGAGAAAUUAUUCCAGGCAGGUUAAUGUUUGUUGAUGUGUUUUUAUUUGGAAAAAAAAUUAGAAUAAUAAAUUUAUAUACAGCCCAAGAUAGAGUUAGAAAAAUACAGCUUUUUAAUAAAAUUAAAACUUUGCUAUGUGUAGGAUUUUAUGUAAUUGUCUGUGGUGAUUUUAAUACAGUUACAGAUGAGAGAGACAGAAUAGCAGAAAGGUCAAGUAAAAUCGGUAGAGAAGGUAAUGUUUUGAAACAAAUAAUGAACGAAUACAAUAUGCAGGAUACAUUUAGAAUGGUUUAUCCUGAUCGUAUAGACUUUACAAGGUUUGAUAGAACAUGUAAAACUAGAAUAGAUAGAAUUUAUGUUAAUAAAAAAUUUACUGUAAUUUCAUAUAAAACUAAAAUGCUUAUAGAUUCUGAUCAUUUGACAGUUACAUCUACAAUAAAUUUUUUAAAUGAUAAAAGUGUCAACUAUUGGAAAUUGAAUACAAAAAUCUUAAAAUAUCCCAAUAUUUUGUUGGAAUUAAAAGAUGAGCUUGCAAGAAUUAGAUCUCUAAAUAUUCUGACCAAAGAUAAGUAUGAAGUAUGGGAAAUUUUAAAAACACGUGUUAAAAAUUAUUUUAAAUAUAAAAGCAAAUUAAUUAAUCAGGAAAAAAACGUGAGAUAUAACCAUAUAAUGGAGCAAUAUAUUAACUUGAAAUUAAAACCAUGCAUAACUGCAGUUGAAGAAAAUAGUUUACGUGAAUUAAAGGAUGAAAUUGAUGUUAUGAAUAAUGAACAUUUACAGAAAUUGCAGAUUAAACUUGGUGUUCAUCUUGAUGAAACUUUGAA